GGGGCUGGCCGCGGACUGCGUGGCUUCUCAUUUGUAAGUGAAACAGUUUCUCUAUAAAAAAAGAUCAGGAUGACCAGCUCUGCCCGAGAUCAUCUGCUUUUUGCCCGACGGCGUAAUCCACAAUUGCGUUACACUUUGAGUCCAGAGAACCUCCAGAGCCUUGCAUCUCAGAGCAAUGUGGCUGAGAAUGUGAACUUGCAGCGUGCCAACAGUGACACGGAUCUGGUGACGUCUGAGAGCCGUUCUAGUUUGACUGCAAGCAUGUAUGAAUACACUCUAGGACAAUCUCAGAACCUCAUUAUUUUCUGGGAUAUUAAAGAAGAAGUGGGUCCCACAGACUGGAUUGGGCUGUACCAUAUCGAUGAGAACUCGCCAGCAAAUUUCUGGGAUUCCAAAAACCGUGGUGUGACUGGAACACAGAAAGGGCAGAUCAUAUGGCGAAUUGAACCUGGUCCCUAUUUCAUGGAACCUGAAAUAAAAAUCUGCUUUAAAUACUAUCAUGGUAUAAGUGGAGCCCAGCGUGCAACAACUCCAUGUAUCACUGUGAAAAACCCUGCUGUGAUGAUGGGGACAGAAGGCACUGACAGUGCUUCUACAGGUCAGCACUGCCGAAAAUUGAUUAGUUUUACACUCUCCGAUAUUCGGGCCAUUGGACUUAAAAAAGGAAUGUUCUUCAAUCCUGAUCCUUACCUAAAGAUGUCUAUUCAGCCUGGAAAAAAGAAAACGUUUCCUACAUUUGCACACCAUGGGCAGGAAAGGCGGUCCAAUAUCAUCAGUAAUACAACUAAUCCUAUUUGGCAUAGAGAGAAAUAUUCUUUUGUAGCACUUUUGACUGAUGUCUUGGAAAUUGAAAUCAAAGAUAAAUUUGCCAAAAGUCGUCCUAUCAUCAAGCGUUUUCUUGGAAAACUCACUAUACCUGUGCAGAGACUAUUGGAAAGACAUGCAAUAGGAGAUCAGGUUCUCAACUAUAACCUUGGUAGAAGGCUACCGGCAGACCAUGUGAGUGGAUGUCUUCAGUUCAAGGUAGAGAUUACAUCUUCUCUUCAUGAAGAUGCUUCACCAGAAACUGUAGGAACCCUUCUUGGAGUAAACUCUGUCAAUGGGGACUUAGGAAGCCCUUCUGAUGAUGAGGAUGUACCUGCAGGACAUCAUGAUACACAUCCACUUUGUUCAAAUGGCCCAAUUCUUGAAGAAUCAUCUGGAGAUGCCAUCUUGCAGCAUUCUUUUAGGACUAGUACAACUUCAGAAACAGAUCAAGAGGAUUCAGCGUCUACAACGUCAAGGUCCUCAGUUCCCAGGGGCCGCCAGGACUCCUUGAAUGACUACCUAGAUGCAAUAGAACAAAAUAAUCUUCUUAGAUCUGGGGCAUCUGCUUGUAAUGAACGUACUAUUGGGGCAUCCCCAAAAUUGAGGAGUAGCUUCCCUACUGAUACACGACUUAAUGCUAUGCUUCAUAUUGAUUCUGAUGAAGAGGAACAUGAAUUCCAUCAAAGUUUGGGUUUUCAGUCAUCAGUGGAUGAUGAUGGUGGUGGUUUGAUUAUGAUAAAUGGUACUACUAGAAAUGAUGAAGCAGGUUUCUUAAAUGGCUCCUCAAACCAAGAAACACAAAGCCAAGUAUCUGAAGAAAUUGUGAGAGCACCCAAUGUAGAAAUACCUUUGCAAUCCUCCUGUUGUCAGGAGGAGAUGUCCAAUGGGCCUGCUGAAUUGGAGAUAGCAAGACAAGAAACUGAAACUCCUCAGAAUUCUCAGGAUAAUUGUCUAGAAGAUUUAGCAAGCAAUUCCAUUUCUGUACCUCAGGAAGCAGAGCAACCCAUCUCUGGUGUGGAUGCUGGAACUUCUGAGUCAGUUUCUGGGAGCAGGCGGGAAAUCAGGGAAGCUGAAUCUAUUGAUCAAGGAUCAGAACCUUCUCAGAUUUCAUCAGAGACCGAACAAAGUGAUGCUGGUCAUACCGAGAGUGUUAGUGAAUCAAGCACCAGGCCAGAGGGAGAAAGUGACAUAGAAGGGGCUGAUGGCUCUUGCAAUGAAGGCACAGCUACCCAACUCUCCUCUGUUGACACUUGCUGCUCUUCCCUUGAAAGCAAUCGCUUUCCUGAGACACCAGCCUUUUCUUCUCAGGAGGAAGAAGAGGGUGCUUGUGCAGCAGAGGCUUCCAGCAGUGAGCCUCUUCCAGAAACUCAGGACGCUGUGUGCACUCAGGCCUAUUUACCUGCGGUGCAUUUACCAAGCGCUCAAGAGGAAGGUCAGUUGUUUGAAAUUGAUGGACUCCCAGAUGGUGAUGAUUCCGAAGAGAUAUGGCAGAGGAGACAGAAUCUGCAGGCUGCAGCUAUACAUAACCAGUCUCAAGAGGAAGAUAUGAGAGGUGCAUCAGCAUCAUGUGAAGGAGUUGCUUCACAGGAGGCUGGAGCUAGUGGAGGUUCUCAGCCUGAUGGUCCUCAGCCUCUGAGAUCUCUUCCCUCGGUUCGUCAGGAUGUUAGUCGUUACCAGAGAGUGGAUGAAGCUUUGCCACCAAAUUGGGAAGCACGUAUUGACAGUCAUGGGAGAAUAUUCUAUGUGGACCAUGUUAACAGAACCACAACUUGGCAGAGGCCCACAGCUCCACCAGCCCAGCAAAUACUUCAACGUUCCAACUCCAUACAGCAGAUGGAGCAAUUGAAUCGCCGGUAUCAAAGUAUUCGCCGAACAAUGAUUAAUGACAGGCCAGAGGAGCACUCAGCUGUUCUUGAUGGAGCUGGAGAGGAUGCUGACUUCCAUCGCCCACCUGCUGAUUACCGAAGGGACAAUGUGCUGCCUCAUUCUACCUCUAGAUCCAGGCUUACUCUGCUGCUCCAGUCACCCCCAGUAAAAUUCCUCAUCAGCCCAGAAUUUUUCACCGUGCUGCAUUCAAACCCUAGUGCCUACAGAAUGUUUACAAAUAAUACUUGUCUGAAGCACAUGAUCACCAAAGUUCGACGAGAUACCCAUCAUUUUGAGCGCUACCAGCAUAAUCGCGAUUUAGUUGGCUUUUUGAACAUGUUUGCCAACAAACAGCUAGAAUUGCCACGGGGUUGGGAAAUGAAGCACGAUCAUCAGGGCAAGGCUUUUUUUGUUGACCACAAUUCACGUACCACCACGUUCAUUGACCCACGGCUUCCUUUGCAGAGCAGCAGACCAACUAGUGCUUUGGUUCACCGGCAGCAUUUAACAAGGCAGCGCAGUCACAGUGCUGGUGAGGUGGGAGAAGACUCACGCCAUUCAGGACCUCCAGUCUUGCCAAGGCCGUCAAGUACAUUCAGUGCAGUCAGCAGGGCUCAAUACCAGGACAUGGUGCCAGUAGCUUACAAUGACAAAAUUGUUGCAUUUCUGCGGCAACCCAAUAUCUUUGAAAUUCUCCAAGAGCGACAGCCAGAUCUCAUAAGGAAUCAUUCACUCAGGGAGAAGAUCCAGUUCAUUCGGACUGAAGGAACACCAGGGCUAGUGCGGUUAUCCAGUGAUGCAGAUCUUGUUAUGUUAUUAAGUUUAUUUGAAGAGGAAAUUAUGUCAUAUGUACCACCACAUGCCUUACUUCAUCCCAGUUAUUGUCAGUCACCACGUGGGUCCCCUGUGUCCUCUCCUCAGAACUCUCCAGGUACCCAGCGUGCUAAUGCCCGUGCUCCUGCUCCUUAUAAAAGAGACUUUGAAGCCAAGCUGAGGAAUUUCUACAGGAAGUUGGAGACUAAAGGAUAUGGACAAGGCCCAGGGAAAUUGAAAUUAAUUAUCAGAAGAGACCACUUGCUGGAAGAUGCCUUCAAUCAAAUUAUGGGUUAUUCAAGAAAGGAUCUACAGAGGAAUAAAUUGUAUGUCACAUUUGUUGGAGAGGAAGGACUGGACUACAGUGGACCUUCAAGGGAGUUUUUUUUCCUGGUAUCAAGAGAACUCUUCAACCCAUACUAUGGUUUAUUUGAAUAUUCAGCCAACGACACAUACACUGUCCAAAUUAGUCCAAUGUCUGCUUUUGUCGACAAUCACCAUGAAUGGUUCAGAUUUAGUGGUCGAAUCCUUGGUCUUGCUCUGAUUCAUCAAUAUUUGUUAGAUGCCUUUUUUACCCGACCAUUUUAUAAAGCCCUUCUCAGAAUAUUGUGUGACCUAAGUGAUCUGGAAUAUCUUGAUGAAGAAUUUCACCAAAGUCUACAAUGGAUGAAAGACAAUGAUAUACAUGAUAUCCUCGAUCUCACAUUCACUGUAAAUGAAGAAGUUUUUGGACAGAUUACUGAAAGGGAAUUAAAACCUGGAGGUGCCAACAUUCCUGUCACAGAAAAGAACAAGAAGGAAUAUAUAGAAAGAAUGGUGAAAUGGAGAAUUGAGAGAGGUGUGGUGCAGCAGACAGAAAGUUUAGUACGUGGUUUUUACGAGGUGGUUGAUGCUAGACUGGUGUCUGUAUUUGAUGCAAGAGAACUAGAAUUGGUUAUUGCUGGCACUGCAGAAAUUGACUUAAGUGACUGGAGAAAUAACACUGAAUAUAGAGGAGGAUACCAUGAUAAUCACAUUGUAAUUCGAUGGUUUUGGGCUGCUGUGGAAAGAUUCAACAAUGAGCAACGGUUACGGCUUUUACAAUUUGUUACAGGUACAUCCAGUAUACCUUAUGAAGGUUUUGCUUCUUUGAGAGGAAGCAAUGGACCAAGAAGAUUCUGUGUAGAAAAAUGGGGCAAAAUCACUGCUCUGCCCAGAGCUCACACUUGUUUCAAUCGUCUUGACCUUCCUCCUUACCCAUCGUUCUCCAUGCUCUAUGAGAAGCUGUUGACAGCUGUUGAAGAGACGAGCACAUUUGGUCUUGAAUAAGACGCAAAUUGUCUAACCCAGUAUCUGGGACUUUGGUGGAUCACUCCCCCAAAAUACACAAAUGCUUACAGCAAGUUGCAAAGAUAAAAACUAUUGUACAAUGCAAUUGGAAGAAUGGGACUUGAUGAAUGAGAAAACCUAACAGCUGCAUGAGUAGGGUUGUGGCCUUGUUCUCAUGAGCACCAAAUGUUUAAAACUUAGUUGGAUUUUUAAAAAUGACAAGAGAUUAGCAACAAUUAGACCGCUGCAAAAUCUAAUACAUCUCAAAAAUGGAUUUCAUCAAAAUAUUUGAAUGGAGUUCAGUGAAAUACAAAGAUUGUUAGCUUGCUGCUAAAUUGUAAGAGGAUAAGUAAAAAAUGCUUUUUAAAAAAUCAAAUAGGAGUUAUUUCCCAAUGGUACACUACUAUAUGUCUUACACAAUACAAGAAUAUGCUAUAUAUGCUAUACCUAAAUCUAUGUGUGCCUGCAUGACAUCUAUUGCAUUUCAAAGAUACAGCACAAAGAACAGUUAUUUUCUGCAGCUUAACAAGGGUAUGAAGAAAAGUUGGCAGCAAAAAAUGGUGUGAACAGAAAAACUGUUAAUUAGGAGAACCUGUACAAUUGUAUAUGCAAAUCAUGUUUAGCAGAAGGAGAGCUAUUGUAAGAGAUUAAUGGUUAACUUUAUUCUUUAUACUGCAUGAAGGCUUUUUUAAAAAUAAUGUGAGUUUAUCACAGCAUAUCAGGAAAAAGAAAGCCUCUUACACGGUGACUUUUGUUUAUUUUUAUAAGUUCAUAAUAUUGAUUUUCUUAGGGUGUAAAUAAGAAAAUAGACCUUUUUUGUUCUUUUCACUUUUCCAUGCUUAAAUAGUUCUUGUGUUCAAUUAUUUACACAAUUAAGGUGUGUGUGUGUGUACACACACACACACACACACACACACCUUUAUUUUUUAUAAAGGUAAGGUAUUCCUGAAACUAUUUUUUUCACCGAAUGUACCAAAGUCAAAGGGAUAUUGUGAAUUAAAUAACAAAAAAUAUGUAUCACUUCAUACAAAAUCUAUCGGAGGUAGCUACUUUAAAGAACAUGAUUUUUAUUUCCCAGUUACAUUCUAGUUAAUGUCAGGAUUCUGCAGUUAAAUAAUAAUGUUUAAAGCUUGCUACAUGUAAUGUGUAAUAUGCAUUUUAUUUCAAUUCCACUUAUUUUUCCUCCAUUAACUAAUUUCAUUAGAGCUGAAUACAGAUACAGCUGAGUACAUAUGUUUCAGAAUUUGCUGCUUUUUUACUUUUGUACAGCACUAUUAUAAGCAUAAUGGAUCUGGAAAAACAAGAGGACUAGCACCUAAAUGGAUGAACCACUUUGUGUCACUCUCACAUUUAGCAGCAAACUGUCUCCAAGAUGUAAAUUGUUUGUAGUGUCUUUCUAAACCCACAUUUUCACUGAUUAGUUUUCUUAUAAAUGUUUCUUAAAAUGAAGUACUUUUCUAUGGUUUAUCCAAAAGCAUGAAUUCGCCAUGUCAAAUAAGCUUUUAAUUUUAGAAAUAUUAAAAGGGAUUGAACUUGUUUAUAAAGAUCUCCUGUGCUGAAAGACCAGUUU